GCUCAUGGCUGAGUCGCUGAGCGGCCGUGACUCAGCCAGUUUCCGCCCUGGCUGUCUGUCUGUCCGUCAGUCGGUCUGUCUGGGGAGUCUGCCUCCUCCGAGGGCACUGGUGGGAGAUUCCAGUCAGCCGUGUUCCCGCUGGGAAGUGGAAAUGCUCAACAUCAGACAUUGGACUAAGAGGAAGGUAGUGCUGAGGAGCCCAAUAGAUUGCUGUCCUGAGAUUCAUAUUCCAGUGGAGAGCAGGGAAAACAGAAGGUACAAACUGCCAGGUGGUUUCUCUUGGAUAUUAACUUUCCAGUCUGAAGAAAUGGCAUCCCGGGCAAUCUGCGUGUUGGUUGGAGUGUUUAUUUGUUCUGUCUGCGUGAAAGGAUCGUCCCAACCCCAAGCCAGAGUUUAUUUAACGUUUGAUGAGCUUCGAGCCACCAAGACCUCUGAAUACUUCAGCCUGUCUCACCACCCAUUAGACUAUAGGAUUUUACUCAUGGACGAAGACCAGGACCGGAUCUAUGUGGGCAGCAAAGAUCACAUUCUUUCCCUGAAUAUUAACAACAUAAGUCAAGAACCUUUGAGUGUUUUCUGGCCAGCAUCUACAAUCAAAGUUGAAGAGUGCAAAAUGGCUGGCAAAGAUCCUACGCAUGGCUGUGGAAAUUUCGUCCGUGUGAUUCAGGUUUUCAACCGCACCCACCUGUACGUGUGCGGGAGCGGAGCUUUCAGCCCCGUCUGCACCUACGUGAACAGAGGCCGGAGAUCCGAGGACCAAGUUUUCAUGAUCGACUCCAAAUGUGAAUCUGGAAAAGGUCGCUGCUCUUUCAACCCCAGCGUGAACACGGUGUCUGUCAUGAUCAAUGAGGAGCUUUUCUCAGGAAUGUAUAUAGAUUUCAUGGGGACAGAUGCUGCUAUUUUUCGAAGUUUAACCAAGAGGAAUGCAGUCAGAACUGAUCAACACAAUUCCAAAUGGCUGAGUGAGCCUGUGUUUGUGGAUGCUCAUGUCACUCCGGAUGGCACCGACCCCAACGACGCCAAAGUGUACUUCUUCUUCAGAGAGAAGCUGACCGACAGCAACAGGAGCAUGAAGCAGAUCCAUUCCAUGAUCGCGAGGAUAUGUCCUAAUGACACAGGUGGCCUGCGUAGCCUGGUCAACAAGUGGACCACCUUCCUGAAGGCCCGGCUGGUGUGCUCCGUGCCGGACGAGGACGGCCCAGAAACGCACUUCGACGAAUUAGAGGAUGUGUUUCUGUUGGAAACCGAUAAUCCAAGGACAACACUGGUGUAUGGCAUUUUUACAACAUCAAGCUCCGUCUUUAAAGGCUCCGCAGUGUGCGUGUAUCACUUGUCUGACAUACAGACUGUGUUCAAUGGACCCUUCGCCCACAAGGAAGGGCCGAACCAUCAGCUGAUUUCCUACCAGGGUCGAAUCCCAUACCCUCGCCCCGGAACGUGUCCAGGAGGAGCAUUCACACCCAACAUGCGAACCACCAAGGAGUUCCCAGACGACGUGGUCACCUUCAUCCGGAACCACCCGCUCAUGUACAACUCCAUCUACCCUGUCCACCGGCGGCCUCUGAUCGUCCGCACAGGCACGGACUACAAGUACACCAGGAUAGCCGUGGACCGCGUGAACGCGGCCGAUGGCCAGUACCACGUCCUGUUUCUGGGAACCGAUCGGGGCACUGUGCAGAAGGUUGUUGUUCUUCCUACCAACAGCUCGGCCAGUGGUGAGCUCAUCCUGGAGGAGCUUGAAGUUUUUAAGACUCAUGUUCCCAUAACAACCAUGAAAAUCUCAUCCAAAAAGCAACAGUUGUACGUGAGCUCCAACGAAGGGCUUUCCCAAGUAUCCCUGCACCGCUGCCACAUCUACGGCACAGCCUGUGCCGACUGCUGCCUGGCCCGGGACCCCUACUGUGCCUGGGAUGGCUACUCCUGCUCCAGGUUCUACCCCACCGGCAAGCGGAGGAGCCGGAGGCAAGAUGUGAGGCACGGGAAUCCACUGACGCAAUGCCGAGGGUUUAAUCUAAAAGGAUAUAGAAAUGCAGCUGAAGCCGUCCAGUAUGGAGUGAAGAAUAAUACCACUUUUCUUGAGUGUGUUCCCAAGUCCCCACAGGCUUCCAUCAAGUGGCUGUUGCAGAAGGACAAAGACAGGAGGAAAGAGGUGAAGCUGGGCGAGCGCAUCAUCGCCACCCCACAAGGCCUCCUGAUCCGCUCUGUCCAAGAUGCCGACCAAGGGCUGUAUCACUGCAUCGGGACAGAAAACAGCUUCAAGCAGACCAUAGCCAAGAUCAACUUCAAAGUUCUGGAUUCAGAAAUGGUGGCUGUGGUGACCGACAAGUGGUCCCCGUGGACCUGGGCCAGCUCCGUGAGAGCUCUGCCCUUCCACCCCAAGGACAUCCUGGGGGCCUUCAGCCACUCGGAGAUGCAGAUGAUCAACCAGUACUGCAAAGACACGCGGCAGCAGCAGCAGCUGGGCGACAAGGCUCAGAAGCCGAGGGGGGACUACGGCAAGCUGAAGGCUCUCGUCAAUGGCCGGAAAAGUAGGAACAGGAGGAAUCAGUUUCCAGAGUCAUAAUACUCCCUCACGUGGGGCUUCUGCUUCCAGUAACAAAUGCUCUGUCUUCAGUGAUCAAGUUUUGAGCAAAAUAAUCUUACGCUUUUCCCAUGAGAAAUUCCUGACAAGAGAGAAUGACUUUCUCCUAAAGUGAGUUUUCCAUGGACUGAAAUGAGCAUGCGUUUUCUUGUACGAUGUUGACUAGCACUAGACACGUCAUGUCCUCAUGGUGCGUAUAAAUAUUUAACUUAACCCAGAUUUUAUUUAUAUCUUUAGUUAUUUUUUCUUCAAAACCAACAUGGCAUGUACGGAAGGAGAUCUGUUACAUUGAACAAAGGCCGUGACCCUGAGACAUUUCCUCCCUGAUUAAAGGUUUAGAUUUCUAAUCGUCGAUUCCAAUGUAAAUUCCAGUUCACGACUUUCACAUAGUAAAAGUCAUAUAAAUGCAGGUAACAGAAUGGCCAUGAAAAGAGAUGUAGAAUAAUAGAUGGGAUAAGACAGUAUCUAAAUAUUAUAUAAAAACAUGAAUGAUUGAUGAAGAGAAAAUGAUGAGUUUAUCUGCUUCCAGUGAAGUUUAUUAUUCCUUUAAGCUUGUUAAACUGUCAGUUGCUGAUCUCUGUCAUUGAUCUUUCUUCCCUUGUUUCAGGGAGAUAAAAUGAAUAGCCUGUACCACAAAGAUCUUGGAAUCAGUUAUGUCAUGAUGCUUUUAGGUUUAUAUAGUUAUGUUAUCCUCUUCCAAACAAAAGCACUUUCCUUUUUUGGAAGUUAUUUAAGUUAUUAUAGACUUAAGUAUAAUCUGAAACUAUUUAAUUGAUUACUGUUUUGAUUCUAAUUUUCUUGUCUGCAUGGCAAAUUAAAAAACCCAAAAAGAAAACAUUUUUAAAGCAUCAGACUUCUACAGGAGGAGUGAAACCAUCAAAAUCAAAGGAUGAUAUUUAAUGUUAUCAGGAGGAAUUUAUAACAAAUGUAGGUAGCUUUCAUACCUCUGAUAAUCAGGUUUGCCAGUUAACUCCCAGUUAAAACGGAAAGUAUCACAUGUAGUGACAUUUUAGACAACAUUCUAUUGUUUAUAAUUAUUUAUGAAGAAAGGAAAAUAUAUAUGUGAACAAAAAUAGACAUUCUUAAUGAAUAUCUCAGAGGCCUAUUUUUGUUAUUAUAUUGUUUUUCCUUGCAAAUAUUUUUUAAAAAGGAUGUUGGUACUUAUGUUCUAUGGUCUAUGAAUGUAAAUGUGGCAAGAUGUGUGAUCAAUAAUUCUCUUCUAAUUGCAUUUGGGGGUAGUUUUAUUAAAAUAAUUUAAUACUAAAAUUAUUUUCUCCAAAUUAAAACAAAUUGGGGAAAUGGGAGAAAUUUCCUCACAUUUUAAUAUUUCUUUUAAAAAUACAACUUUUGCUUCUUCAUUUUUGUUUCUAGGUCAAAACAAAAAUUGCACCAUUUGUCUGUUGAAAAUCUAGUACAAAAAUUUUAUUUCUAGUUAGUAAUUCAUGAAGAAAUAUGAAAUUUCAGACAGCUAUUUCACCUUUUUGAACAUUGAGGUGUAAAAGCCCAAGAACUAAAAUCUCAGCUAGGAAUGUAGAUCAGUGGUUAGAGUCCAUGCUUAGUAAGAAAGGGCCCUGUGUUUAAUCCCAGUUUCAAAAAAUAUACACACAAAAAACUAAGAUAUUGGUCAAAAGAAUGUGGCCGUUGAUUAGAAUCUAAGAACAUAAUUUAUUAUCUAAGUGGUGAUAAAUUUCAGCAUUCUAAGAGGAGGCAUCCGUAUUGCAAAAGUAAUCAUUAACAUGUACAAUGCAAAUGAUAUUUAUUAGGAGCUAUUGUUCCAAAUGUAUAUGAUUUUAAAUCUCUACAGCAAUUUAUUAUAUAAAUGGCUUCUGUGCUUAAAAGGUGACACUUUCUCCUCUACAUGUACAAAUAGCAGCGUAGGUCAACGUAGAGCCAAAGUUGCCUCUGUGUUUGUGGUUCUGUUCACCAUAUGGAGUUAAAAGUACAAUUGUUGUAGAAUCACAGUUCCCCUGCUGCACAUAGACCCAAACUGACAGACAGUGCUGGUGUUUAGUUUUAUAUUAUCUGUGCUAUUUAAUGCCUUCUAUUUUGAACAAUGUUGAAUUCUGUAUACUUUUCUUACUUUUGUUUUAAAACUACGGAAUGUCCUCUUGAACACAACUUUGCCAAAUGUCAAGAAAUUUUUCUUACCAAAAAGUCUGUCAAUGUAUCCUGAACAUUGUUGGUUGAUUGGUUUUGGUUUAUGUUGUUUGACAAUGUAACGGUUUAACGUGUUUUCCAUUUGCAUUGUAUAUAAAAUGUCCUAAAAAUGCACUUUUUCCCUCCAAAGUGUAGGUAGAUUUUGGCAUGAUGAAACUGUCAUUUUGGUGAAUGUUUACUCUGUCAGAAGAACUAAAUGUAGUUUUCACACUGACAUUUCCUUAGAUAUCGAAGAAAUCAUUUGCCUGGCGAAAUAAAACAUUCUGAAUUCCCACAA